GAUAAACCAUGGAGUCCCACUUUCUAUCAUGAAAAAUGCCCUAGAUGCUGCAACAGAGUUCUUCAACUUGCCCAUUCAGGAAAAGAUGCUUCCAUGUCAGAUAAUGUUCACGAGCCUGUAAGGUAUGGCACCAGUGUAAAUCACACAAGGGAUAAAGUUCAUUUUUGGAGAGAAUUCAUCAAGCAUUACUCCCAUCCCAUUGUAAAAUGGAUCCAUCUCUGGCCUUCAAAUCCUCCAAGUUAUAAGGAGAAGAUGGGAAACUAUGCAAAGGCAGUGCAGUUGCUACAAAAACAAGUACUUGAAGCUAUUUUAGAAAGCUUAGGGUUAAACAUCAAUUACCUACAAGAGGACAUUGAAGAAGGCCUGCAAAUCAUGACAGUAAACUGCUAUCCAGCAUGUCCUGAACCUGAUCUUGCAUUAGGUUUGCCACCGCAUUCAGACUACGGUUCACUAACCAUUUUAUUGCAAAGCAGCCCAGGGUUACAAUUCAUGGACCACAACAAGUCUGCUCCAGCAAUUGAAGGAGCUUUAAUAGUUCAGCUGGGAGAUCAAAUAGAAGUAAUGAGCAAUGGCCAAUACAAGAGCAUUGUGCACAGAGCAACUGUCAGAAAAGAAAAGAAGAGAAUUUCAAUAGCAAGUUUUCACAGCUUAGCCUUUAACAGAAAAAUUAGGCCAGCACCGGACCUCCUGAGUGAAGAGCAACCAGUAUCCUACAAAGAGUUCAGUUUCAAUGACUUUCUUGAUUUUAUAUCAAGCAAUAACAUAACUGGAGGCAGGUUCAUUGAUACACUGAAGAUAAAUCCAUGA